GGAAAGAGGCAGCAUUAAGCCGCUCACACGGCAGCUGGAUGCUGACACACUCUCAGGCGGAGGACACAGAAGACCCUACCGGCUCCGCAGGACUGAUGGCGACAUCGCCGUGAUGAGGACAAGGGAGGAGAGGAGCAUCUCUGCAGUGGAAGCUUUGGCACACUGAGGUGAACACUAUCAAGUGUCCAGACGAAAGAAUCCCAUGCCACCGCUGAACGCUCCCUUUCAAUCCGCACAUGGAUUGUUUUGAAGCAACUGAAAAUUACUAAAGACGAGAAAAGCAGCGCUGUGAUGGAUUUCAACGAGAGCCACAAGCCAACAGGGCUUCCGUACAACUCAAGUGUGGACUACGAGGACUACUACCAGGAUCCCGAUGUCAGCAACAUCAUCAUCCCGUCCAUCUACGCUCUGGUCUGCUGCGUGGGCCUGACCGGCAAUGCCAUGGUGAUCUACGUCAUUCUCAAGUACGCCAAAAUGAAAACGGCCACAAAUAUUUACAUUCUCAACUUGGCCAUCGCUGACGAGCUCUUCAUGCUGAGCGUGCCCUUUUUGGCCACGUCGGCCGCCGUGCGCCACUGGCCCUUUGGCUCGCUCAUGUGCCGGCUGGUGCUGAGCGUGGAUGGCAUCAACAUGUUCACGUCCAUCUUCUGCCUCACCGUGUUGAGCGUUGACCGCUAUGUGGCUGUGGUGCACCCCAUCAAGGCGGCGCGCUACCGCCGGCCUACCGUGGCCAAAGUUGUGAACGUGUGCGUGUGGGGGCUAUCGCUGCUCGUCAUACUGCCCAUCAUUAUCUUCGCUGACACGGUGCCGGCCCAUGACGGCGCCGUGGACUGUAACUUCUUGUGGCCUGAGGCAGCCUGGUCCGAAGCGUUUGUGGUCUAUACAUUCCUUCUGGGCUUCUUGCUUCCUGUGGGGGCCAUCUGUUUAUGCUACUGCCUAAUGGUGGCCAGGAUGCGAGCAGUGGGGUUGAAAGCGGGCUGGCUCCAAAGGAGGCGCUCCGAGAAGAAGAUCACCUGCAUGGUGCUGCUGGUGGUCGCUGUCUUCGUCCUCUGCUGGAUGCCCUUCUACAUCGUCCAGUUGGUCAGUGUCUUCCACCGGCCACCGGACCCCAUGGUGACACAACUCUUUGUCAUCCUCAGCUAUGCCAACAGCACUGCUAACCCCAUCCUCUACGGCUUCGUGUCAGAUAAUUUCCGGCGUUCCUUUCAGCGCAUCGUGUGUUUCCGCUGGCUGGAAUCUGGCGUUGAUGCGGAGCAGGUGGACUACUGCGCUGUUGCCAUGAGGGGACAAGGGCCCAUGUGCGGUCCACUGGAUUUUCCCAAAGAAUUGAUGGCCUCUGACAUGGUGUUUCGCAAUGGAACAUAUACCUCACGCACAACCACUGUUUAAACACCACAACUGAAAGACGCCAUAACAUAUUUAAAAAGCUUAAAUGAAAAAUUAACAGUACAAGCAACCAAAAAAGUGAAUGUCACAAGAGUUAUGUGUAUGAAGUGUUCUGCAGAUUAUUCAUUAUCAAGUAUUUUGAAACAUGUUUCAAUGAAGGUCCUUGAUGUAUUCAGUUUAAAUAUAUGCUAUGUUCAUACUGCAGGUCAAUUCCGAUUUUUUUGCUCACAUGUGACUUGUAUCUGAUUUUUUCAUAUCAGCGUUAAAUGGAUAGUUCAGAUUUUUUGACAUGAAGUUGUAUGACAUCCUCAUCAGCAGUGUAGUCCAUCAACGGCAACUCAUCCCACACUUGGUCUCCUAAGUCCAGCUCUGGUCAGAGUUUGGUGAUGAAGAACGAAGUUCCAGGUUGUCAUCCCCAAGUGGGGGAUGAGUCUCUGUUGCUGGACUACACUCCUGAUGGGGAUGUCAUACAACUUAAUGUCAAAAAAUCCAAAUUAUACUUGCGUAUCUUGCUUGCUGCUGUAACAAGUGAAUUUCCCCGCUGUGGGAUAAAUAAAGUACAAAUACAAAUACAAAUACAAAUAAAAGUAAAAUCACAAUCAAUUUUCAAAUGCAACCCAGGAAUCUUUACAUAUAAAUCCAAUACGUAGCUGAUGCUACUGCAGUCUGAACGUUUGGGUUGCGUAUAUCCAAUCUAUAUGUCAUCGAUAGAGUUGGGCAAAGGUACUCACAUAUGUAGACAUCUGUAGGCUUGUCAUUCAAAAAUCAUUUUAAAAAUCUGUGAGUGAAGUGGCUCACGUCAAUGUCCCACCAGUCCUGGCUCUGACAUCCACCCACUGGCUCUUCAGAACAGACAUCGCAGCAAGUGCCCCACAGACGUACUUACUUACUGCCCAUUUUUUCCUCCUGGAAAGUAGGAGAGCAACAAAGGUUCUCUACUCUGGUCAAUUCUGGGCUGCUUUCUGGACACCUUCCCAUGUCAGGUUCAUAGAUUUGAUUUCUUCUUCUACUGUGGAUGCCAGGCGCUCUUGGGUCGUCCUCUCUUUCUUUUACCUUCAGGUGUCCAGCCAACGGCUAAUGUUCCAGCAUCGCUCUGUUAUAAUGCUAUCCAUGCUGCCCUGCUGACAUCUUGCCAGUAAAUCUUUAUUUGAUAUAUUUUCAUGCCAAAAUAUCUGGCAGAUUCUUCUCAGACUCUUUGUGUGGAAAACUGACAGGUGACAUAUGUCAUUUGUUGCGCCUUACAGGUGGGUGGCUCUGAUAUACGGUAAUUUCAGUUUUGUCUUGGUUCUAUAUUGCUGAGAUUUCCAUAUGUCGUUCAUCAUUCUGAAUACAUUUCUGACUUUGUUGAAUCUGUUUUUUAUGUUGUUGUGUGUAUCCCCAUCAUUUCUUACAGUACUCCCAAGAUAGGUGAACUCAUUUGUUGUUUCUAGAGCCUCUCCAUACACAUGGAUUGGUAGUGGGUCUGAGAUAUUUAGCAUCAUCACUUCAGAUUUCCUCAGGUGUAUUUUCAGGCCAACUUGCUGUGCAAAGUAGCUGAGACGUGGUAUUUUCUCUUGCAUGCGUUGGUGGGUGUUUGAGACCAGAGCUAGAUUAUCAGCAAAAUCAAAGUCUGCUGAGAAGAGGGUCCAUCUAAUACUCGUUUUGUCUUGACAAUCACAAUGUUGAAGAGCAAUGCAGACAUCACGCAUCCUUGUCUAACUCCUGUCUUUAACUGGAAUGCCGGGCUACUGUUUCCCACCUGGCAUUUGAACUUGGCAUAGAAGGGCUUCAUAAGGUCCACUAGGUGGUGUGGAAUUCCAUACAUCCUUUAGAUGUUCCAGAGCUUGUCUCGGUGUAUGCUAUUGAAAGCCUUUUCAGAGUCGACAAAAUUGAUGUGCAUUUUCCUCUGCCAUUCUGUGCAUCUUUCUAUAAUAUUACGUAGUGUGAAUAUCUCGUCAAUGCACCCCCCCCAUUUUGGAAUCCUGCCUGUUCAUUCCUGAGAUUCUCAUCUCUGUAAGACGCUGUGCAAUAAUUUUUGCCAUGAUUUUGCUUGGUAUUGAUAAAGGUUCUGCACCAAUUGUUACUAUCUCUCAAGUUACCCUAAUUUUGGUAUAUUUAUGAUUAAUUUCUUCUGACCAGUCAUCGGGUAUUUCUUUGUUCACCCAGAUGGUUUUGAAUAGUCGUUGAAUAGAAGGUCUGCUAUGAAAAGCUCUGCAUUCAGGUUAUUUGAGUUUUUAAAUUUUUUUAGGGACUUAAUGGCUGAUAUAAUUAAUAUUUUUGUUGGUGGUUUGAUGCCAAUUUCCAGGUCAUUCUCUGCAUGCGGCCUAGUGGUUAGGAUGUUGGCCACACAGUCAGGAGAUCGGGAAGAUCUGGGUUCUCCGUUGGGCAUCUCUGUGCGAAGUUUGCAUGUUCUCCCCGUGCGUAAGUGGGUUUUCUCCGGGUACUCCGGUUUCCUCCCACAUUCCAAAAACAUGCAUGUUAGGUUACUUGGCGACUCUAAAUUGACCAUAGGUACGAAUAUACUGUAAGUGUGAAUGGUUAUUUGUCUAUACGUGCCCUGCGAUUGGCUGGCAACCAGUCCAGGAUGUACCCCGCCUCUGGCCCAAAGACAGCUGGGAUAGGCUCCAGCAUACCCGCGACCCUAGUGAGGAUAAGUGGCAUAGAAGAGGCAUGCUCUCUGCAUGCUGAACAUCCAGUUCUGUUGUGCUCAAAAUGCUCAAUCCAGCGGGUUGUUUGUUGUGACUCAGUUAUCAAAUGUUGACCCUUUUUGUCUACUAUUGACGUGUCAGUUGUCGUUCGUAUUUGCCACUCAAUGUUUUUGAUGAUCUUGAUGAUGAUGCUCACCUUGCGUAGCUGCAUUUUCUGCUUGACUUGCAUGAUCUUCUAGGUAUGCCCUCUUGUCAACUCUGUUUUUUUGGUUUCUUGGUACUGUUUCCAGUAUUUUUCCUUUAGCCGUUCAGACUUUGUCUCAUUUAUUUGUUUCUUUGAGGCCUUUCCAUUUUCUACAGUUUGCCAUGUGUCUUUCCUUACACAUUCCUUCUUUUUCUUGUGCUUGUAUCUGAGGCAGGCUUCACUGAUCUUCACGUAGACUGCUUUGGUCUGUUCCCACAAAGUGUUGACAUUGUCUGAUUUUGGCCCUAUGUUAUCCAUUAUAUCUGUCAAUGCCUGAAACCUGUUCUUUAAUUGUAGCACAAAAUAACCCCAGACCUUCGCAUCAUGUAACUUUCAGACAUUGAAUUGCUUUCUGAUUGUCUUUCUGCUCCCCGUUUUCCUACACGCAGGCAUAGCCAAUAUUCUUGCUGUCUUCUUAAUCUUCUGCACAAAAUAAUUUGGUUAAGAAAAUGCUGACUCCAGUUGCACAAAAAUCCUUGAAAUUGUCAGAAACGCAACAGGACUAAGACCACGAAUUGUGGCCAUGUUUACUUCCGUAAACACAGGACACCAUGUGUGACGUUGUGUUUUGUGCGCAUGUGCAUCACUUCCUGGACACAAUGUGUUUACAUUUACAAGUCAAAUUUUUUUGGUAACGUGAAUGACUACAUAAAUGAUUUGACUUAAACAUAAAAUCUGAAUUGGGUAUCAUACCCUGCAGUGUGAACGUAGCCUAUGUGUGGCUCUACUGCUAGAGUCAAUGAGUUGAUAUGAAUGUUGUCCUCUCUCUUGUAUGUAGACAUGUAGGUUUCUGUCAAAUUAGAAUUGACAAUAAAAUUCACAGGUAUACCUGCACUAUAUGGUUUGCCACAAAAAAGAAAUAUAUAAUUGGUGCGUAUGAAGAAGAUGACACCCUAAAACUAUGCAUAGGCCACUUCCUUAAUUUGUCACAGCGUCACCCAGUAGUAAAAGGAAAUGACAUAAACAUUUGAGAUGUAAAUUAGCCUACGCUUGCAAAGGGAUUUUGCAGGUUGACUUCAAAUUCAGGGCAAGUAAAAACAUACCGAUGAUCUUACGUGUCAUAAUUUGUCUGCAGCUCUCCUCAUAUCUCGGGUACCUCAUUGAUACGGCAAGUAAGAUUCCGGUGCAGCUCGCAAAUGAGACCACCCCAAAUUGACUCGCUAGCACACCCGGACACAUUAAAAAUUAUUGAGAGUUUCACCGCUUGCCACAAAAUGCGUUGGACAUGUCUACCAUGACUAGGCUCCAGUAUACCCCCGCUACCCUAAUAAGGAUUAAGCGGCAUACAAAAUGGAUGGAUGGAUGGAUGUCUACCAUGACAGGAUGCAUGAAAAGGUCUCAGACUGUGUUUCUAUUAGCACACUUCCAUACUUACACAUCAAAUGUAUAAAGUCGUCCCUCGUUUAUCGCGGUUAAUUGGUUCCAGACCCGACCGAAUUUCCGCAAAGUAGGAUUCAAUAUUAAUAAAUGGAACAUUUUCGUAGUUAUAGCAUAGAAAACCUGUUUAUGACUUUCUAAAUAUGCUUUUUUUUUACCAAUAUUAGAGCCAUGAAACAUGAGACAUGAAA